AUGGGUGAUGUGUCUUAUGUCAUUGGCAUUAAGAUUCAUCGAGAUAGACAUCAAGGUAUCUUAGGUCUAUCUCAAGAAGACUAUAUCAAUAAAAUUUUAGAGAGAUUUCGGAUGAAAGACUGUUCACCAAGUGUAGCUCCCAUUGUGAAGGGUGACAGGUUCAAUUUGAAUCAGUGCCCGACGAACGAUCUUGAAAGGGAACAAAUGAAAAAUAUUCCAUACACUUCUGUUGUUGGAAGCUUGAUGUAUGCUCAGGUUUGUACAAGACCUGACAUUGCAUUUGCUGUUGGAAUGUUGGGAAGAUAUCAGAGUAACCCAGGUCUUGACCACUGGAGAGCUGCAAAGAAAGUAUUAAGAUAUCUUCAAGGGACAAAAGACUACAUGCUUAUGUACAAACGAUCAGAAGAUUUGGAAGUCAUUGGCUACUCUGAUUCACACUAUGCUGGCUAUGUUGAUUCACGCAAAUCAACUUCUGGAUACAUUUUUAUGUUAGCCGAUGGAGCUAUAUCUUGGAGGAGUGCCAAACAGACUCUGAUUACUACUUCCACUAUGUAG